AAAUCAAUAUUUUACAUCCCUGCUUAUGACAACUCUUACGUUCAUAGAUUAGUUUUAAAACUAUUUUAUUUUUAUCAUAACGUGAAAUAAUUUACGUAAAUAAGAAUAAAUUUAUUUCAGAUACAAAAUAUUACUUCAAAUAUGCCAGUACCUUGCGGUACAGGAUGUGGAAAAAACGCUGCACUGAAGCGUCCAAAAACAGGCGACGCUCUUUGCAAAGAAUGUUUCUUUUGGGCGUUCGAGACAGAGAUCCACUUCACAAUAACAAAAGGAGAGUUAUUCAAGAGAGGGGACUCGGUGGCUGUCGCAGCGUCCGGAGGGAAAGACUCCACAGUGCUCGCACACACGCUAAAAACCCUUAACGAACGGUAUGAUUAUGGGCUAAAUUUAAUGUUACUAUCAAUAGAUGAAGGCAUCACGGGGUACAGGGAUGACAGCCUGGAAACCGUAAAACAGAACAGAGAUGACUAUGAAAUGCCUUUGAAAAUACUAUCGUACAAAGACCUUUACGGGUGGACUAUGGACGAGAUUGUAGCGCAGAUUGGUAGGAAGAACAAUUGUACAUUUUGUGGAGUGUUUCGGAGGCAAGCGUUGGACCGAGGAGCUGCAUUGUUGGGCGUGAAGUGUAUAGCGACUGGACAUAAUGCUGACGACAUAGCAGAGACAGUGCUCAUGAACGUGCUGAGAGGUGAUAUAGCACGGUUGAAGAGAUGCACAGCUAUAACCACUGGAAGUGAAGGCACAAUACCGAGAGUGAAGCCACUCAAAUACACAUAUGAAAAGGAAAUAGUGAUGUAUGCACAUUACAAGAAACUAGUAUACUUCUCUACGGAGUGUGUGUUUGCACCAAAUGCAUACAGGGGACACGCCAGGGCUCUUCUGAAGGACUUGGAGAAAAUCAGGCCCACUUGUAUCAUGGAUAUUAUUUACUCAGGUGAAACCAUGUCAAUAAAAGAAGAAGUAACUUUACCAUCACAGAGAAUAUGCACAAGAUGUAAGUUUGUCUCAUCACAAGAAGUCUGCAAGGCUUGCGUUUUACUAGAGGGCCUUAACAAAGGCCUUCCCAAGCUCGGCAUAGGAAAGAGCUCCAAAGCAAAGAAAAUGCUAGAAGAAUAUAACGCAAGACAAAAUACAUUGGAACAAGUUAUAGACGAUUUGAACGAUACCAACAUUAAAAAGAAAUCAGGCAAGAAAAGAAAUGGUUUGACAGAUAAAUGUAAUAGUAAAACUUGUUGUUCCGGUAAUUGUAAUUCAACACAAAAUAAUAUGGAAGAUAAUUCUAAAAUAAACAGUUUGCUUGACGAAUACAGUUUGAAGGAAACUGAUAAACCGGUUCAACAAUUAAAUGACGUGUCAGAUGACGAGGAAGGGUGUUCCAGUAGUUGUGGGCGGCUGGGAGGGUUGGGUGUAGGUUUUUGAUAAAUAAACAUGUACAGUUUAUAAA